AAAAAAAAAAUUGUGUAAACAAACAUUUCCAGCAAGCGCUUGGUUAAAGUUAAAAAGAAAAAAAAGCGAAAAGAUUAAAAUUAUUCUUUGAGUCAACUAUAGAUGACAGAAAAUGCGUUUGUAUUGCUUAAGUAAUGAUUUGGCCAAGCCAUGUUAUGUGAUAACAUUCAAAGGUUUGCGUAUUAUGCUUGAUUGCGGCUUAACUGAGCAAACUGUGUUGAAUUUCCUGCCACUGCCGUUUGUGCAAAGUGUAAAAUUAUCGAAUCUACCAAACUGGAUUCCCAGUCGAGAACAUGAUCCGCAAAUGGACGGUGAACUGAAGGAGUGUUGUAAUAGAGUCUUUGUAGACUCUUCACCUGAAUUUACACCCCCCAUGGAUAAAAUGAUGGAUUUCAAUGAAAUUGAUGUCAUUUUGAUAUCAAAUUAUUUGAAUAUGCUCGCUUUGCCUUACAUAACCGAGAAUACAGGUUUCAAAGGAAAAGUGUACGCGACCGAACCCACUUUACAAAUUGGUCGAUUUUUCUUGGAAGAGUUAGUAGAAUAUAUAGAAGUAGCCCCUAAAGCGAGUACGGCCAAUCUUUGGAAAGACAUGUUGCAUUUAUUGCCAAGUCCAUUAUGCGACGCUUUUCGUCCCAAAAAAUGGAAGACAAUAUUUAGUUUGCAAGAUGUGCAUAAUAGCUUGGCUCAAGUAACAAUAAUGGGUUAUGAUGAAAAAUUAGAUAUUUUGGGAGCUUUCAUUGCUACACCCGUUAGUUCGGGUUACUGUUUAGGAUCCAGUAAUUGGGUGUUAAGUACAGCGCAUGAGAAAAUCUGCUACGUUAGCGGCUCAUCUACUCUAACUACACAUCCUAGGCCAAUAAAUCAAUCAGCCUUAAAGCAUGCAGAUGUUUUAAUAAUGACUGGCUUAACUCAAGCGCCUACUGUUAAUCCUGACACGAAACUAGGAGAACUCUGCAUGAAUGUGGCUUUAACUAUACGUAACAAUGGUUCCGCUUUAAUACCUUGCUAUCCAUCGGGCGUAGUAUACGAUCUUUUCGAGUGCUUAACACAAAAUCUAGAAAAUGCCGGAUUAAAUAACGUGCCUAUGUUCUUUAUAUCACCAGUUGCGGACAGCUCUCUAGCCUAUUCAAACAUUUUGGCUGAAUGGUUAAGUUCGGCUAAACAAAAUAAAGUCUACCUACCCGAUGAUCCUUUUCCUCAUGCAUUCUAUUUAAGGAAUUCCAAAUUAAAGCAUUACAAACAUGUUUUUUCUGAUGGAUUUAGUAAAGACUUUCGCCAGCCUUGUGUCGUAUUUUGUGGGCAUCCAAGUCUCCGAUUUGGUGACGCUGUUCACUUCAUAGAGAUGUGGGGUAAUAACUCAAAUAACUCCAUUAUAUUUACAGAGCCUGAUUUUCCAUAUUUGCAAGUAUUAGCACCAUUUCAACCGCUGGCUAUGAAAGCCUUUUAUUGUCCGAUCGAUACUUCAUUAAAUUACCAACAGGCGAAUAAAUUGAUCAAAGAGCUGAAGCCUAGCGUAUUAGUCAUCCCUGACGCAUAUACAAAACCACAUCCAACUGCUCCGAAUCUUUUUAUAGAACAGCCAGAUAAGAAGAUUAUAACAUUUAAAUGCGGUGAAAUAAUACGACUACCGUUGAAGAGGAAACUUGAUCGUGUUUACAUUACAGCAGAAAUGGCCAUGAAAAUCGUGCCGCGCGACGUAGGUAAUGGCUUCAGCGUUUCAACGGUAACUGGUCUGCUGCAGGUUAAGGAUAAAGUACAUAACAUCCAGCCGUGCUGUGAAAAAACAUCGGAACAACAGACUUUAGGAAAUGGUAAAGUGUCGCCUCCAACCCGCGAAGAAGUACUGAAUAACGUCAAAUACGAAUACGGUACUUUAGAUGUGGACAUGCUUAUGAAGCGGCUGGUUCAGGAUGGUAUUACAAAUAUUAAAAUGGACAGAAACGGUAGUGCGCUUACUCUACAUUUAGUUAAUGAAGAUACUACUAUUAAGUUUGAUGAAAAUGAAACUCAUAUCGUAUGUGGCGGUAAACAAUCGUUACGUAUGAAACUGAGAGAUACUUUGCUUAAAUGUUUGCAAAGUUUUUAAACUAAGUAAUAAAAA